CUCUCUCUCUCUCCCUCUCUCCCUUUAUCUGUCAAGCUCUCUCCACCGGGGUCGCUCACUCUCAGUAUAUCUGCAGCAGCACUGUCACUUUCACCACACUGGGGGGGAGAGAUGCACUGACACUACGGACAAACCCGGGAGCGCAUCACCACCGUCACCAUCGCCACCUCCAUCACCGUCACCACCUCAUCCCCGGCUUUUUUAUUUUGGCGACGCUUUUUUUGAUUGCCCGGCAUCGGCUCGCUCGUUUGUGGAUUAUUGUUCCUUUACCGACGGAAAGUGCGACAUGGAGGAGUCCAGCUCUCAGAAGUUGGUUUGGGACGGGGACGCCAAAGCGGUCCAGCAGUGUCUGACGGAUAUUUUUACCAGCGUCUACACGACAUGUGACAUCCCAGAGAACGCCAUCUUCGGCCCGUGUGUGCUGAGCCACACGUCGCUGUACGACAGCAUCGCCUUCAUCGCUCUGAAAUCCACCGACAAACGGACAGCGCCUUACAUAUUCAGGGUGGACACUUCAGCAGCCAACAGCACUUCUGAGGGCUUGAUGUGGCUGCGGCUGGUCCAAUCUGCCCGCGACAAGGAGGAGCAGAACCUGGAGGCCUACGUGAAGAACGGCCAGCUCUUCUACCGCUCCCUGCGGAGGAUCGAGAAGGACGAGGAGCUGCUGGUCUGGUACGGCAAGGACCUCAUCGACCUGCUGCUCCUCAGCUCCAGCAGAGCGCCGGCCAAAACCAAGGGUUCGUCUCCCCACUCGUGUCCCGACUGCAGCCAGCGGUUCCAGUUCGAGUUUCCGUUCCUGGCCCAUCUCCGGUUCCGCUGCACCAAGAGACUGCAGAGCAUCACGGGGGCCGACGAGGAGCCGAGCAAGGAGAGCGGCGGCACCGAGCGUUCGAGCACGACCCCGACCAGGUCCAGCCCCAAGCUGGGCCGCUCCGAGGGCUUCACCAGCCCUCAGGACAACAACAAACCCUCCACAGACUUUCACAACCUGGCCAGGGAUCUAGAGAACAACCGGACCAGCCCGCCCAGCGACAAGGAGGCUGAGAUCCGCAGCGAGAGCUCGGGCAAGAGAAAGUACUCAGAAAUGGAGGACAGGGAGUGCCGAGGGCCCAGCCUUACCCAGACCAAGUCUAAAGAUGAGCUAGCCAGUUCGGCACAGAACUACCGAGGAGCGUACGGUCUAGAGGAGAACCACAGGGCUUUCUCCCCUCCGGGGUCCACAGAACAUGGGGAGGUUAAGCGCAGCGCCUUCACCGAGGUCAAGAAAUCCUCUCAGAGCAUCAAGCAGCACAGCGGCACCAAAAACAUCCAGAGCUCCAACUCUGAAAACAAGGACGGCGGGCGUCCCAGCAGCAACCCUUCCGAGAAGCACCUCAACAUCAGGCAGGUGCUGUCGGAGACCCAGCCGCCGCAGACCUCGCCCAUGGGCAGCGCCUUCACCUCGGUCAGCCAGCAGGGCAGCUCGGAGAGGAAGAGCGCCUUCAGCCAGCCGUCGCGUUCUUCCUUCUCCCAGAUCUCGCCGCUGGUGAUGCCGCCCAAGCUGCUGGACUGCCACCCAGCGGUGGGCGACACCAUCUCCUCCAGCAGACUUUACCAGGCCGACCACCUGGCCGCUAAGCUGCAGGGGGCCGAGCUGGGCGCCAACUGCCCCGUGCCGGGCGGCAUGGCCAAGCAGAGUCCCUUCGUCUACGCCACCGCCUUCUGGCCCAAGAACUCUGGACCUAUCCAGCUUCAGAUGCCCUCGGCGCUCACCCUCCUCCCGCCCUCCUUCACCUCCCUCUGUCUGCCGGCGCAGAACUGGUGCGCCAAGUGCAACGCCUCCUUCCGCAUGACCUCGGACUUGGUUUACCACAUGCGGUCCCACCACAAAAAGGAGUACGCCAUGGAGCCCCUGGUGAAGCGGCGGCGCGAGGAGAAACUCAAGUGCCCCAUUUGCAACGAGUCAUUCCGAGAGCGGCAUCACCUGUCGCGUCACAUGACCUCCCAUAACUGACUUCCACAGAGCAACAGGGAGGGACUUUUUUAACAAGGAGGGACUUUGCAGCUGUCUGGCUCAGACGUGGAUAUAACCACUCCGAUUGGAGAUAGGUCACUUAAAAAAAACAACAAAAAUAAAAUAAAAAAAACAACAAAAAAGAAAGAAAGGGAAAAAAAAAACAACAACACCCCGUGCACUUGUUUUCACUUUCACCAUCAUCAUGGACAAUGCUCUUAUAUUUCCUUUUUGGUCUGUUACUUUUUCUCCCCUCUACAAAAUGUCAUGUUUUGGGUGUAUGCAAAUGCGUUUUGACUUCAAAAAUGAUUCUAUUUAUGAAGCACUUAAAGUUUGAAAAUAAGGGAAAAUUUAAAUAUGUGUAAAUGUACAGUAAGUUGUAUUUUAUAUCAUAUAAAUGCAAAUAUAGAGAAGAAAUACAAAUGUAGUCACACUUCAUGGUUUACAGCGCAGCAAGUUUUUUCAUGUCUACAAUGAAUAUGGACACAAAUUGGGAAUAUUAUGUCAGACUAUAUUUCAGAGUGCAUGUAAUAUUAAAUGAUAUUGAUUUAAGAUGCAGUCUAUACAUUACAAUGUAAAUAACUUGUUUUAUUUGAAAUACAAAGUGUAAUAUUUUGUGUCAGUGGGGAAUAGUUUCAGUGUUUCUUCCUUUUGCGGAAAUUUACUACUUGAUAGUUUAUCUAAUCAUGUUGAAUGCAUUGACAAUAAAAUAGCUUUAUUUUCAA